UUUUAAAAUGGCGUCCUCCACUAGCCGGCUGGCUACACACUGGUUUACAUCCUUCGUUAUUUCUCAAAUAAACCAUGCUCGUAUACGGGUGGUGCCCGUCAGAAAUGUGGCGCUUUCGGCGGCGGCCUCGCCUGCUUAUGGAGGAAGGUUUGCAGGUAAUUUGAGCUUGUGGAGGAGACACAGAAAAACGGUGACAUUGAACAGACAGUCAGUGUCCAAGUGUCCCAAUGUCACCGCUGACCGAUGUUUACACUCCAGCAGCAGAUGUGCAGAUCAGCAAGACUUCUACGAGGUGCUGGGAGUUGCCCGCACAGCCUCACAGAAGGACAUCAAGAAGGCAUAUUAUCAGUUGGCGAAGAAGUACCACCCAGACACCAACCCAGAUGACCCUGAGGCCAAAGAGAAGUUUGCCAAGCUGGCUGAAGCCUAUGAUGUGCUGAGUGACGAGCUGAAGCGAAAGCAGUAUGACACGUACGGCUCGGCGGGCUUUGACCCGAGCCGUGCAAGCCAGCAGCAGCAAUACAGAGCGGGCAGUGCCACUUUAGACCCCGAGGAGCUCUUCAGGAAGAUCUUUGGUGAUUUCACUAGCGGCUUCAGAGACGUCAACAGCAUGUUUGAGCAACGGCCUGAGUUUGUGAUGGAGCUGACGUUUGCCGAAGCGGCGAAAGGUGUCAACAAGCAGCUGUCUGUGAACAUAGAAGACGACUGCCCGAGGUGCGAUGGAAAGGGCAAUGAACCUGGAACCAAAGUGUCGCACUGCCACUACUGCAACGGCACUGGCAUGGAGUCGCUGCACACGGGCCCUUUCAUGAUGCGCACCACGUGUCGGCGCUGCAGUGGCAAGGGCACCAUCAUAAUCACGCCCUGUGUUCUAUGCCGGGGCGCGGGUCAGGCCAAGAAGAGGCAAACUGUUACGGUGCCAGUUCCUGCUGGUGUGGACAACGGGCAGACUGUGCGCAUGUCCGUUGGUAGCAAGGAAAUCCUCAUUACCUUUCGGGUCCAGAGGAGCCCUGUGUUCAGGCGGAAUGGAACCGAUAUUCACUCAGACGUGAUGAUCUCUGUGGCUCAAGCUAUCCUGGGGGGCACGGCCACCACACAAGGGCUCUACGAAACCAUCCGUAUACUUGUUCCCGCUGGCUGCCAAGCAGAUCAGGUGAUCCGGCUACAGGGGAAAGGCAUUCGGAGGAUGAACAGUUACAGCUAUGGUGAUCACUACGCUCACAUCAAGAUAAGAGUGCCCAAGAAGUUGACACGGAAGCAGCGCUCACUGAUGCUAAGCUACGCCGAGGAAGAGACGGAUGUUCCUGGUACUGUUACUGGUGUCAAUCGCUCUACAGGGGGAGACAGUGCAUCAAGCUCUAGUGACAAGACGAGAAGCUCAUCAGAGGGGGAGGACAAGAAGCAGCACAAACAAGAAGAGGAGGGCUUCUUUUCUAAAUUAAAAAAAAUGUUUACCUGAAGUUAAUAACACAGUCAAACAAACUCAACAUGGCAAAAGAAGAUGCUGAAUCCAGGAGCGAGGGAGGCACAUCGAGACAGUUCUUAAGCUUCGGUUGGCGAGCUCCCCAGGCAGAUGCCACACGCAGCUACAGUGGAGUCCCACCUCAGUCAGGAUGAGACAAGCACAGCAGCGCUCAUCAGCGCUGUGCUUGAAGAGCAAAAAGUGACGGAAGGUUUGAAAUAUUGUAGGUUAAAAGUUGCAACAACCUCUUGUAACAUCUAACCUAUAUAUUUUGCUGUUGUACCAAUACUAUAAUAAAUGUUUGUAAAUACAAUUCAGGCAUUUUUGCGUUUAAACUCAUUUUGGCUAUGCAUAUUUAAAUACAGUCAUCACUCCUAUGGAGAGUUUUCAAGCUUUGCGGACUCAAAAGAGAGAGACAAAGAUUGAAGUUAAAUGCGGGCCAUGCAUGUGGUCUGGCUUUGUACCACAGAGAAUGUUCUGUUCUUAGCAUGUCUUGUGCGGUGUACAUUAGACAAGCAUCCCAAUAAAAGCUAAGUAUGUGGGCACACUACAUGUAUGCAGACAAACCAGUGCUGGAUGCCACAACUCCUGUUUGCUGUGGCUACAACUAAAUGUUUUUGUGUUCCAUGGGGUUUCAUUUUUUGGGAGCUCAGUGUAGGGUUUUGUUUUGUUUGGUGUUGUGGUCCAAUCAUUUCAUUAUUCCUUUAUUUUUACAUGUUGAGGACAUUUCCUGUAAAAAGGGUUUACUUAAGUACUAAUGAAACUGCAAUUCGCCAACUUCCCCACUAGGGAGAGCUACUAUGUUUUUUUGCAUGUGUAUGAGAAAUUCUGUAAGUUUUGAAAAUAUGUACAGUGGUACCUCAGUUUGUGUUAAUUUGCUCCAAAAUGUUCAAGAAAAUAGGUACGAUAACUGAUCAUUUUUUCACAAAG